AUGAAGCCAGGCCAUGGCUGCUCUGUGGGUCGGGAUCAGUUGGCCCUGCCCCUAAAGACAUCCCACCGAUCCCUCUACCGAGGACCGUGGCGGUUUAUCCCCAACAACUACCAGACUGUUUUAGCCUUCAUUUUUGCCAUUGAAGAAAUCAAUGCGAAUCCUCACCUUUUAACCAACGUGUCAUUGGGAUAUGAGUUUCAUAAUUUUCUGCACGGUCAUUGGAGGAUACUACAGAAUUUCCUCAUCUUGUACGCAGGGCAGGAUGAAAUCCCCAAUUUCAACUGUAAGAGAGAGAGCAAGUCCAUCGCAUUAUUUACAGGAACGUCCUGGGAAACAGCUGCUCAAAUUGGGGCACUGAUGGAGCUCUACAAAUUUCCACAGCUGAACUUUGGCUCUUUCGACCCCGUACUGAGUGACAGUGGCCAGUUUCCCUCUCUCUAUCAGGUGGCCCCCAAGGACACGUCUCUGGCCCUUGGCAUGGUCUCUUUGUUGACCCAUUUCAGCUGGACCUGGGUAGGAAUGAUCAUCACAGAAGGUCAGAAAGGGCUUCAAUUUCUCUCAAAUCUUAAAGGAGAGAUGGACAGGAACAGAGUCUGUGUGGCAUUUGUGAAAAUCAUUUCAAAUACUAUUUUGUCAGCUGUAUUAUAUGCCCAGCAACAUAAUUUUCUAACCAGGGAAACAUCACCCGUUAAUGUUAUCAUCAUUUACUACGAUAGUGACAGUCUAAAUAGCAUCAACUAUAAUAUAGAGCAUUUAGUGACAUGGAGAGUCUGGGUGACAAACUCACAAUGGCAGGCUGACGUGUCUGGGAAAAACUUCAUACUGGGCUCAUUCCAUGGCGCUGUCACCUUUUCACACCACCGUGAGGAGAUUUCUGGUUUCAAAAAUUUUAUCCGGACUGCUACCCCUUCCAAAUACCCAGAAGACACGUACCUUGCUCUGCAUUGGUUCAAUAAUUUCGAGUGCUCAGUAUCUGACUCUGACUGUGCACUGAUGGACUGUAUGCCCAAUGCCUCUCUGGCGUGGCUGCCUGCAAAUCGUUUUGACCCAGCCAUGAGUGAAGAGAGUUACAACGUGUACAAUGCGGUGUACGCGGUGGCCCACGCCCUCCAGGAGAUGCUUCUGCAGCAAGUGCAGAUGCAGAAAGUGGGCCGUGGAGAGCAGAUGGCAUUUUCUCCUUGGCAGCUUCACCCCUUUCUGAAGAAUGUCCAUUUUAAGAAUCCUGCUGGAGACCACGUGAAACUGGAUGACAGAAGAAAACCAGAUGCACAGUAUGACAUUGUCAAUCUUUGGAAUUUUCCAGAAGGCCUUAGACUUAAGGUCAAAGUAGGAAACUUUUCCCCACAUGCUCCCCAAGGGCAGCAGUUAUCUUUAUCUGAGGACCUAAUAGAGUGGGCCAUGGGAAUUACAAAGACUCCACACUCUGUAUGCAGUGAGAGUUGUAGUCCUGGAUUUAGGAAAACUCCUCAGGAGGGAAAACCUGCCUGUUGUUUUGGUUGCACCCCUUGCCCAGAGAAUGAGAUUACAAAUGACACAGAUAUGGAAAAGUUUAUGCCCAACAACUACCAGACUGUUUUAGCCUUCAUUUUUGCCAUUGAAGAAAUCAAUGCAAAUCCUCACCUUUUAACCAACGUGUCAUUGGGAUAUGAGUUUCAUAAUUUUCUGCAUGGUCAUUGGAGGAUACUACAGAAUUUCCUCAUCUUGUAUGCAGGGCAGGAUGAAAUCCCCAAUUUCAACUGUAAGAGAGAGAGCAAGUCCAUCGCAUUAUUUACAGGAACGUCCUGGGAAACAGCUGCUCAAAUUGGGGCACUGAUGGAGCUCUACAAAUUUCCACAGCUGACCUUUGGCUCUUUCGACCCCGUACUGAGUGACAGUGGCCAGUUUCCCUCUCUCUAUCAGGUGGCCCCCAAGGACACGUCUCUGGCCCUUGGCAUGGUCUCUUUGUUGACCCAUUUCAGCUGGACCUGGGUAGGAAUGAUCAUCACAGAAGGUCAGAAAGGGCUUCAAUUUCUCUCAAAUCUUAAAGGAGAGAUGGACAGGAACAGAGUCUGUGUGGCAUUUGUGAAAAUCAUUUCAAAUACUAUUUUGUCAGCUGUAUUAUACGCCCAGCAACAUAAUUUUCUAACCAGGGAAACGUCACCUGUUAAUGUUAUUAUCAUUUACUAUGAUAGUGACAGUGUCAAUACCAUCAACUAUAAUAUAGACCAACUUUUAGUGACAUGGAGAGUCUGGGUGACAAACUCACAAUGGCAGGCUGACGUGUCUGGGAAAAACUUCAUACUGGGCUCAUUCCAUGGCGCUGUCACCUUUUCACACCACCGUGAGGAGAUUUCUGGUUUCAAAAAUUUUAUCCGGACUGCUACCCCUUCCAAAUACCCAGAAGACACGUACCUUGCUCUGCAUUGGUUCAAUAAUUUCGAGUGCUCAGUAUCUGACUCUGACUGUGCACUGAUGGACUGUAUGCCCAAUGCCUCUCUGGCGUGGCUGCCCGCGAGUCGUUUUGACCCAGCCAUGAGUGAAGAGAGUUACAACGUGUACAAUGCAGUGUACGCAGUGGCCCACGCCCUCCAGGAGAUGCUUCUGCAGCAAGUGCAGAUGCAGUCAGUGGGCCGUGGAGAGAAGAUGGCAUUUUCACCCUGGCAGCUUCACCCCUUUCUGAAGAAUGUCCACUUUAACAAUCCUGUUGGAGACCACGUGAAACUGGAUGACAGAAGAAAACCAGAUGCACAGUAUGACAUUGUCAAUCUUUGGAAUUUUCCAGAAGGCCUUAGACUUAAGGUCAAAGUAGGAAACUUUUCCCCACAUGCUCCCCAAGGGCAGCGGUUAUCUUUAUCUGAGGACCUAAUAGAAUGGGCCGUGGGAAUUGCAGAGACUCCGCACUCCGUAUGCAGUGAGAGCUGCAGUCCUGGAUUUAGGAAAACCCCUGAGGAGGGAAAACCUGCCUGUUGUUUUGGUUGCACCCCUUGCCCAGAGAAUGAGAUUACAAAUGACACAGAUAUGGAAAAGUGUGUGAAGUGUCCAGAUCACCAAUAUGCCAAUGUUCAAAGAAAUUAUUGCUUCCAAAAAUCCAUAACUUUUCUGGAUUAUGGAGACCCCAUAGGGAAGAUGCUGGCUGGCUCGGCCCUGAGUCUCACCGUCCUCACAGCUGCUGUUCUUGGGCUCUUCGUGAAGCACCGAGACACUCCCAUUGUCAAGGCCAACAACAGGGCUCUCAGCUACACCCUGCUCAUCUCCCUCACCUUCUGUUUCCUCUGCUCCUUGCUCUUCAUCGGCCGGCCCAACACAGCCACCUGCAUCCUCAGGCAGACCACAUUUGGAGUUGUGUUCACUGUGGCUGUUUCCACCGUCCUGGCCAAAACGAUCACCGUGGUGCUGGCCUUUAAGGUCACUGCUCCAGGCAGGAGGAUGAGGCAGUGGCUGGUGUCCGGGGCACCUAACUCCAUCAUCCCCAUCUGCUCCCUGAUCCAACUCACUCUCUGUGGAGUCUGGAUGGGGACGAAUCCACCCUUUGUAGACACAGAUGCACACUCGGAACAUGGCCACAUCAUCAUCGUGUGCAACAAGGGCUCCCUCACUGCCUUCUACUGUGUCCUGGGAUACCUGGGCUCCCUGGCCCUGGUCAGCUUCACCGUGGCUUUCCUGGUCAGGAACCUGCCCGACACCUUCAAUGAAGCCAAGUUCCUGACCUUCAGCAUGCUGGUGUUCUGCAGUGUGUGGGUCACCUUCCUCCCCGUGUACCACAGCACCAAGGGGAAGGUCAUGGUGGCCAUGGAGGUCUUCUCCAUCUUGGCCUCCAGUGCAGGGCUCCUGGGCUGCAUCUUUGCACCCAAGUGCUACAUUAUUCUGUUAAGGCCAGAGAGAAAUUCUCUGCAUGGAUUCAGAGAUAAAUCACGUUCUGGAGGAAAAAAGUCUUAUCAAGUUAAAAAUAGGUUUGCCUAA